AUGCUUCAAUAUCAGGAGUCAGGAGUGAAAACGACACCAGGUCAUCGGAUUUCCUUUUCAAUUCUUGACAUUUUGGAUCCCAAAAAGUUCACAAGUAAAAAGACAGAUGUAACAUCGGAGAAAAAACGGACACCACCUUUAGAAAACACAGACUUUGGAAGUUUAGAGGAACAGCGCACCAGCAGGGAAAGUCCUGGACAUGGGGAAUCGAGUCUCUGCAAAAAUACCAAUGUUGACUCGGACUCAGUAACCGGACCAGCAGCGGAUGAUUUGUCACGCCAGCGGCGGCGUCGGUCCGAUCACAGCUGCGCGAAGCCACGCCGUGCCAGAACCGCGUUUACCUACGAACAGCUGAUGGCUCUGGAGAACAAGUUCCGCGCAACCCGUUAUUUAUCCGUGUGCGAGCGACUAAAUCUCGCGUUGUCCCUGAGCCUGACCGAAACCCAAGUCAAGAUUUGGUUCCAAAACCGAAGAACCAAGUGGAAAAAGCAGAACCCUGGGGCUGACAGUUCCCUGCAACCCGGCACGAACGCUCUGCCAGGCACAAGCCCGACUUGUGGAUCCACACCUGCCCUCCACCAUCCGUUCAGCACCGGGAACGUGAUCUUUCAUUCUGCUGGCCCGGUGCACCUGGCAUCCUCCGGUAGACUCUUGCAUCCAUUUUUGACUGAUGGCUUUCUGCAGCCAGCAUUCUUCACUCCACAUUUAUGA